UUUCGUAGUUUUUGGGCGCGAGUGAUGAAACCUGGGAAGCCGAAUUCGAAUGACCAUGCAUCCAUUUCCCGCCAAUUUUCCAGUUAUUUCUUCGUUCAGAUUUGCCAUCUCCCAUAUGAUGCAGAAGGAACUUCCAAGCCGAUUAUUCCUUAGAAUUCGUAUAGCGCUGCUAAGGAAAUGGAUCUCUCGGACAUUGCUAGAAAGCUAGGGCUUGCAGAGGCCAAAUCCGUAAUUCGAAAAGCCGAAGAGCUUCGGCGUCUCAGUGACAUUCAAUUUGAUUCGUCUAUAAUCGGAGUUGGAGAAAUCUGUAAAGCAAUAGUAUGCUUGGAGAUCGCUGCCACAAGAUUUCAGGUUUUGUUUGACCGGCAAACUGCGAUAAGAUUGAGUGGGAUGUCAGAGAAGGCUUAUACUAGGUCGCUUAAUGCGAUGCAGAAUGGUCUCGGUGUCAAGACGAAGCUGGAUAUUAGAGAACUAGCGAUCCAAUUUGGUUGCGUCAGGCUUAUUCCUUUUGUGCAGAAGGGUUUGUCUCUCUACAAGGAUCGGUUUCUCAGUGCAUUGCCAGCUUCUCGUCGAUCUAGUGCUGACUUCACGCGGCCUGUAUUUACAGCUGUUGCCUUUUAUUUGUGUGCUAUAAGGCAUAAGCUUAAAAUAGAUAAGCUGAAGUUGAUUGAGCUUUGUGGCACAUCAGAAUCUGAAUUUGCUAGUGUCUCUACUUCUAUGAAGGAUCUAUGCUUUGAUGUUUUUGGGAUCUCAAAGGUAAAGAAAGACCCCAGGACUGUUAAAGGAAACCGAGAACUGUUGGAUGUGUUACCUGGCAAGAGGAGGCGUGAGGAUGAUAGUGAUGGAUCUGAGAACUCCUCUAUUGAUGAUGAAGAUGGGCUGGAACUUCCAACUUACAAGAGGCAUAAACAAAUGGAGAAGCGUGCCUAUGAGGACUGGAAGUCCUCUGUCCUUGUAUCCAACAAGAGUAAUAAGGGAGAAGCCCCUACCAAAAAGAAACAAACUCGACUCAACUUUGCUAAGAAAGUCCCUGGGAGAAUCUCAGUAGAAGCUUCAUAAGAUUGCUCCCCUUAAUUAUCACCAAGAUUUUUUUGGAUUUGUUUUGAUGUUGAAGACAAUCCAAUCAACCUUUCCAUUAUAGAAGGGAAGUGGCUCAAAUAUUAUGCCCUGAAAAAUAUUUCUGUUCAUUUUAUGUUAACAAACCUAGUCUAAAUGCCUAAAAGUGGAUUUUGCUGCCUCAA